GUUGCGGUUCCGGGUCGGGCCGCACCGCAGCCCGCGCUCCGCUCGCUGCCGCAGUGCCCCGCCCCCGCGCUCCGGACCUGGGCAGGCGGUGGCCGCCCGGCGGCUCCCGGGGCCACAUGGCUGAGGGGGACGCAGGGAGCGACCAGAGGCAGAAUGAGGAAAUUGAAGCAAUGGCAGCUAUAUAUGGCGAGGAAUGGUGUGUCAUUGAUGACUGUGCCAAAAUAUUUUGUAUUAGAAUUAGCGACGAUAUAGAUGACCCAAAGUGGACACUUUGCUUGCAGGUGAUGCUACCGAAUGAAUAUCCAGGUACAGCUCCACCAAUUUAUCAGCUGAAUGCUCCUUGGCUUAAAGGACAAGAACGUGCGGAUUUAUCAAAUAGCCUUGAGGAAAUAUAUAUACAGAAUAUUGGUGAAAGUAUUCUUUAUCUGUGGGUGGAGAAAAUAAGAGAUGUUCUAAUACAAAAAUCUCAGAUGACAGAACCAGGCCCAGAUGUAAAGAAGAAAACUGAAGAGGAAGAUGUUGAAUGUGAAGAUGAUCUCAUUUUAGCAUGUCAACCAGAAAAUCCAGUCAAAGCAUUGGAUUUUGGUAUCAGUGAAAGUCAGACAGAAAUAGAAGAGUUACCUCCGAUUGAUCAUGGCAUUCCUAUUACAGACCGAAGAAGUACUUUUCAGGCACACUUGGCUCCAGUAGUUUGUCCCAAACAGGUGAAAAUGGUUCUUGCCAAAUUGUAUGAGAAUAAGAAAAUAGCUAGUGCCACCCACAACAUCUAUGCCUACCGAAUAUACUGUGAGGAUAAGCAGACCUUCUUACAGGACUGUGAGGAUGACGGGGAAACAGCAGCUGGUGGGCGUCUUCUCCAUCUCAUGGAGAUUUUGAAUGUGAGAAAUGUCAUGGUGGUGGUAUCACGCUGGUAUGGAGGGAUUCUGCUAGGACCUGAUCGCUUUAAACACAUCAACAACUGUGCCAGAAACAUACUGGUGGAGAAGAACUACACAAAUUCACCGGAGGAAUCAUCUAAGGCUUUGGGAAAGAACAAAAAAGUAAGAAAAGACAAGAAGAGGAGUGAACAUUAAUACCUGAAACUAUAUGAAAGGUUAAUUUGCCUAUAAUUAUAUACAAAUUCCACAGUCAUCAAGGAAUAUAUUGUGCAGAGAGAGGAUCCUGCACUGUUCAAGUCAGCUGAUUCACUGUGGACACCAACAUUAUCUUUUCUUCUUUGGUUAUAUCAUCUGCCAAAAAUAGAGAACUUGUGAUAUAUUCAUGUGUGUUUCAGGCUGAUUCAGAAGAAUUAAUUUGAACUUAAUCACUACUUCAUCUAAUUUUAGGACGGUAACAGUUGCCCAGGGCAGUACCUGAAUUAACUGUCCAUUUCAGUACAUGUCAAGUGCCUUUGUUAGGUGGGGAAGAAGUGUCUCUAGGGUAAUAGAAAUACCUGAUUUCUUGUCACCAGGAUUCUCAUUUUGUUAAAUGAAUAUUGCCUUUUACUGCUCUUUAUGGCUUAUUGGAAUAGGGGCUCAUUGAAGAUUGGUCUUAUAGAGUGUCUUCUGUGAUUUUAGUAUGUAAGUAUGUCAUCUUUCAUUUUAUAGUGUUCAUCAUGGCGUAAUGGAUUAAGUGAAAAUCCUGGAGUAUCCAUCUACAGUUAAGUGCUGAAGUAAUAAUUCAUCUGACAUUUGUUAGCACAAGUGUUAUGCCUCAAUUUCUGUCUCAAAUUGGUGAUUGUGAAAUUUCAAAAAGUGAUUUUCUAGCCUCUGCUUCUUUUGUUUAAUUCUUGUAAUGUUAAGCAAUACGUAUGGUGUGCCAGUAUUCUCCUCUCACCCCUGUAAUGUGUUGGUGUAAUCUUCUGGUUUCUUUUAACAACCUGGAAAUACCUUUCUUGUGAUCUUCAUUGAGGAGUUAGAACCACGCUAGAAGCUGUGCUGUGCUUAAUGGGACAUUCAUAGAAUGGGGUAGAGGUGGCAGAACAGCACUGGUGCAGGGCAAGGGUAUGUUGUGCAGUUAUGUAAAUGUGGUGUGUUUCCCAUCCACACUCCAGCUAUCUUUCUCAACUCCUUGACUUGGUGGAGAGAAGGAACAAACUUUUGGAAAAACAGAAACUCCCUCUGUUUUUCCAUUCUUAUGAAAUCUUCCUUUUCAUCAGUGUUUUAUAAAAUUUUCUUCUUUCAUCUGCAAGUUGUGCAAUUUACCUCUAGGCAUCUAGACAAUAAAUAUAUCUAUGAGAUAUAACAAUAAGUCUUAACUGUUCCCUUUCAGAUAUGAUUGCAAACGAUUAUUUAAAAUUAUUAAUUGGCCAUAGAUUUGCCUGAUCUUCCUUUCCUAACAGAGGGAACAGAAAUAAGGAAACAACUUGGGAUGGUGCUGGAGCAUAGAAAACUUCAGAGAAAAAUGGACAAAGACAUUUUUUCCUUAUUCUCUGAUGUUUUACCUUUAAGAGAUCCAAAUCCCGACUUGGUAUUUUUAAGAAUCUAGUAAACAACUUUAUACUAGGAUGGAUUCUGAGAAAUAAAAUCUAAAUUAUAUUUGUUGUAAGUGUGUUUGAUUGUUGCUUGUUAUCAAGAGUCAUCAGAGAAUGACCUAUAUUCGUUUAAAACAUUUACCUCAGAGUCCAUGAAAAAAUUAAGUACGUUUUAUGUAUUAACUGGUAAAAUAAUUAAAGAAGUUAAGGACCAUUAGUUAACAUUAAAAUAAUUUCACAAUUUUGGCAUGUCAAAAUCUGUGAAAGAACGUAUAAAACAGUAAGAAUUUGGUGCUACAGAAAAGUAAGUGCGAGUUAAUUAUUCUGCAACACCAAAUUUGAAUUUCUUUCACGCUGUUUUAUCUAACAUUUAUUUAGGUCUUUAUAGAAAACCUUUAUGUCUAUGAUCUCAUUUUCCCGUAUUAAAAAAAAAAAACUUAACUUUUGCUUCUUUCAUUUAUCAACGAAAUUUUCCAGACUAAAAAACUCAAAUCUCUUUUGCCAAAGUCAGCUGGUAAAGAGCGAUCUAAAAGUCUCCAAUUCUGGAACCUGAGUUAUUUGACACUCUGCAUUAUGGACCCCUAACUAAUUAUAGUAUCUUUUUUGUCUCUUUAAAAUUUCUCUCGAUUAGAGGGUUUUCAAAUUCUUCAAAUAAUAAUAUUCUAUAACCAAAUCUAUGCUGUGGCAUAUUUUAUAGUAUAUUGUAUUAGUUAAAAAUAUUCUCUAUAUGUCAGUAUAUAAGAGCAAGUAACAUCUACUUUUUAAAUGGGAAUAGCAGUAUGAUUUGGAGAUAUGUAUCAUGAAACAGAGCCUGUUUGAAGAGAAUUAUAUCAAACUAAUCACAACCAAGGAAGAAUAGCAUUAAACAGAUACUGCCUGGAAGGCAGGUAAAAUUUAUUGGGAAAACUGUAUAGUCAUCUGUAGUUCCACUUUCUAGAGACAAGCAUUACUAACAUUUGGUAUGUACAUCCUUCUAUUUUUUUCCUAUGCAUGAUUUUGUAUAUAUGGCUAUUUUUCUUUCCAUAAAAAUGGUAUUAAACUGUAUAUACUGUUUUGUAUCCUGCAUAUUUCAUAUAGAAGUAUAUUGUUAACAUUUUCCCAUGUCAAUAAAUAUUCUUCUAUGGCUUAA